CUAAUCUAAUGCAUUUUGCCUUGCGCUGACAAUGGGCAAUGGCUGUUAUAAGAAAAGCGUAUGAUCCAAUGAAUUAAAAGUUUAAUGGCUGAAAGCAAUAAAAAACUCUUAACUUUAAAUUCAUUCCAGUAAUAACAAAGAAAUUCAGGGUUCCCUUGUAAAAACCGUGCAAGAACCUUUUUCUGUAGGGUUUUUCACACAAUCGAAAAGACACAACUCACUCAGUAGCAGCAACAACAAUGGCGGAAUCAAUUUGCAGAUUACUAAGAGAUGGAGCUCUAGAAGGAGAGCACGCGCCUGCGCUCACCAUCAAGGACUCCAUUGCUUCUCCCUUUGGCUUCCACGUGUUCGCUCACGUGCUUUCCCAGCUCUCCUCCUUCAUUCUCGCCGGAAAAUCGCAGUCGCGAGGCCUUGUCGUCGUUUGUUUUUCCCGGAGUCCCUCGUUCUAUUUGGAGUUGUUGAAAAACAAAGGAAUCGACGUCGUUUCAUCGGAUAAACGGAUUCAAACUUUAGAUUGUUAUAGUGAUCCUCUUGGUUGGAAGUCUCGGUUAACAGAGACUGGAAAUUUCAUGGCUUGUUCUCAUGAAACUUCGAUUUCGAGAACUACUAAUGUUUUUAAGGAUGUGAAACAUAUGGAUAAGUUGUACAAUUCAAUUGUUGAACUUGGCAAAGGAUUAGUAGGAGGUGGAAAGAUACGAUUUUCUGUUGCCAUAGACUCGGUAGAUGAAAUGUUGAGACAUGCAUCCAUGUCAUCAGUUUCAGGCCUGUUAAGCAAACUUCGUAGCCAUGAUCAGGUUUCCAGUAUCUUUUGGUUACUUCAUUCAGACCUUCAUGAGGCCAAGGUUACAGCUGUUCUGGAAUAUUUGUCAUCUAUGGUGGCCGGUUUAGAACCAUUGCAUCAACCUGCAAAUGGACAGAGAGGUGAUAUGGAAAAUUUCUCUUUGAUCGAGCAUAACCUAAAGAAAGGAAAGUUUCAUGUUAGAUUUAAGCGGAGAAAUGGACGGGUCCGUGUGAUGUUAGAAGAAGUUCACGUUGAGCAUUUAGGCGUCAACUUUACAGCUUUGUCAUCUGAAGGAGCAAUUAAUCAAGGUCUUGUGCCGAAGGUCCAGUUCAGUCUGCAGUUAUCAGAGAAAGAGCGAAUUGAUAAGGCCAAUGUUGUACUUCCUUUUGAGCACCAAGGUAAUGGUAAACCCAUACAAAUUUAUGAUGGCCGAAGAUCUCUGGCUGAUAGCAAACAUGAGAGGCCAGUUGGUGCCACAGAAACAGUGCAGACAAGUGAGGACUCUGGCAGGGGUGAGAUUAUAUAUUACCGUGAUUCCGAUGAUGAGAUGCCAGAUUCUGACGAGGACCCAGACGAUGACUUGGAUAUUUGAUUUUGCUCGCCCAAUCUGCAGUUUUGAAUUCAUGCUGGGCACUUUAAAUUGGACUGCAGGUAAAUGUUCUUCACAAAUAUGUAAAGGUUCAGAAAUUUGUUCCCAAUAUGGUUACUUUUCUAGUCUCAAGCAGGGGCACCCUGUCACUGGUCGAGAGCGGAGAGUCCAAAAAUCAAUCUUUCAUCGGACCAUGUCAGCGCAAUGGAGCCAGUAUUUGAAGCCAAAACCGACAGUGGAAAUGAUUAUUAACUUAAUUUUGUAUAAUGUUUUUUGUAAGAAUGAUUAUACUUGAGCUUAUAAUGUUGUAAAUCGAGUGUUUUUAUUUUCAAUCAAUCAAAUAAGCACUAAUAUUAAUGUUUAUCCCAAUUGAUUUAUUUUUAUGUUAAUAAUAAUAGAAAAAUCAA